GACCAACCGCUUUGCUAUUGUCCAAGUGGAAAGAGCCAAGUUUAUUAUGAGGACUAUAUGCUCUAGAGACCUCAGACAAGGCAUCUCAUAGGAGGCUUUUUCAUAAAACUAGGCUCUGCUGGUAGUAAGGAGGCCAGUUUGGAGGCAGGCGUGGAGCUGUGCACAUCUCCCCACUCCAGCCACCUUCUCCAUACCCAUCUUUGAUUUCAUUUUUCCACCUGGCUGAGCCAUCCAGAGCCUUUUCAAUGUAUAAAAUGGAAUAUUCUUACCUCAAUUCCUCUGCCUACGAGUCCUGUAUGGCUGGGAUGGACACCUCCAGCCUGGCUUCAGCCUAUGCAGACUUCAGUUCCUGCAGCCAGGCCAGUGGCUUCCAGUAUAACCCGAUCAGGACCACUUUUGGGGCCACGUCCGGCUGCCCGUCCCUCACGCCGGGAUCCUGCAGCCUCGGCACCCUCAGGGACCACCAGAGCAGUCCGUACGCCGCAGUUCCUUACAAACUCUUCACCGACCACGGCGGCCUCAACGAGAAGCGCAAGCAGAGGCGCAUUCGCACCACGUUCACGAGCGCGCAGCUCAAAGAGCUGGAGAGGGUCUUCGCCGAGACGCACUACCCUGACAUCUACACCCGGGAGGAGCUGGCCCUGAAGAUCGACCUCACGGAGGCGCGCGUCCAGGUGUGGUUCCAGAACCGCCGCCAAGGCUGGGCUCCCGGGCCCGGCCCCAUCACCUCCAUCCCGGAUUCACUCGGGGGGCCCUUCGCCAGCGUCCUAUCUUCGCUCCAAAGACCCAACGGUGCCAAAGCCGCCUUAGUGAAGAGCAGUAUGUUCUGAUCUGGGACGUGGCGGCGGGCGAGCCGGGGCCGGGCGGGCGAGUGGGCGAGCGGGUAGGCCCAAGGCUAUUGUCGUCGCUGCCGCCCUGGCUUUUUCAUGGAAAGCCUAAAGUAAUCGCGAUAAGAAUAAAGAGAAAACGGCGUCGCCCCCAUUGCAACCCCACUCUUACCCCAAUCCUGAACCCCCAGCAAAACAAAACAAAGCAAAACACUUCCUGGCUUCGCACCUGCCCCAGGGCCGCGCAGACGGGCCAGGGCUCCGCCUGUGCACCGGGAGGUGGGAGCGGUGCGGCCUGGACUCGGGGGCACUCUCAGGGGGCUGUGUCUGCGUGUCAUGUGUGUCUGUCUCUGGGAAUGUGUAUCUGUGGCCCGAGCAGGUGACAGAAAGAGAUGGAUGGGGGCAUAACCAACUCAGUGACUUGCUUAGAAAAAGAGAAAAAUACACAAAACAAAAAAACCCCAAAUUAAAAAAAAAUUAGGAA